AUGGGUCGCCGCGGCGCCAGGAAGGCUGGACCCUCAGCUCGUGCGACGCAUGAAUUCUUUGGCCAAGGAUUGCCAGAUGUCUCGGCGCCUCAAGCGACGACAACAACCCACGAUCCUCAGCAUCCUCCGGCUGAGACUCCUACCGAAAAUCCAUCUUCAUCUGACCCUUUGGAUCAUCCACUUCCUCAAAUUCCUAGUCCAGACAUUACUCUUUUUGCGCCAACGGCGCUGUCAAUAGACGCCAAAGCAGAGUUCAUCUUCACACAUCUCUACAACGAAGGCUUGGUCCGCCUCUACUACCAAUACAAAAUCGACAAAUUGCCCGUCUUGGAUGGUUUGCUCACCAAGUUUUCCUCGAACUACAGACGAAGAGUCCCUGACCGAGACACUUACGUGUGGCACGUCGAUCUCGAAAUCAUCAAACAGUUCGCCGAGGCCCACGUCCACGAGGAAAGUACAUUCUUUUCCAUCAACGGCGCUGAGUCUACUGGAGUGAAACCUGAAGAUAUUGUCAUCACUGUGGUCGACCGUGUGGGCGAACUCGAAGUGGUCUUGUGCAUUGUUGAGUUCUUCCUCGAGACUGCGCGCAAACACCAAGUGCAAUACGGGGCGCCUCACGAAAUUUCACUCAUCAGCCUCGGAUUGAUACUGUUUACUUAUCGACACAAGCGGCUCGCUCCGAACAACGUGAAGCAUCAGAAAGUCUGGGAUUGGUUCUACGAAGGCAGAAAGAGCAGGAUGGAUACCAAGGAGAAUCUCAUCUUUACCAGUCCACAGAAGAUACCUAAAUUGAAAGAGGGUGAGGUUGACGAGAUGAGUUUCGCACAACUCAGCGUUGGUGACAAAAUCUAUGAGUGGAUCGAAGAGACGAAGGUGGCCCAGGCAGAGGCGAAGGCGGCUGAGAAUAUCAAUGGUGAAGGCGCAGGCGCAGUCAAUGGCAGUACUGCGGACAAAACUACUCAGACCGAAGAUGGCGCUCUUGCUGAUAUUACCAACGGUGCUGCCACCGCUCCUGGUCCAGCGAAUGGUGGUUCUGGAAAAGGCAGACGAAACAAGAAAAAGAAGGAAAAGAAGAAGGCAAAGGGAAAACGCGACACUGCCAAUCCUGAUGUACAAAACCCAAGUUCAGAGGACGUCUCUGCUUCCGGUGUCUCUCACACUGUCGAUGAUGCUGCCGCCGUCGCUCCAGGUCCAGUCAAUGGUGCUUCUGGAAAAGGCAAAGGGAAGGGAAAAGCUCGCGACACUGACAAUGCCCCUGCAUACAACCCAGGUCCAGAUGAUGUCUCCGCUCCUGGUGUCGCUCACACUGUCAACGAUGACGAUGAUACUCCGACUUUGACCGCUUCUGCUGGCGUCACGGCUCUCCCUGCUCCCGGUGUUGGCACUGAUCCUGGUCCUGGUCCUCGUCCCGCUCAUCGUGCUACUCGCUCCUCCGCUCCUGAUAUUGACGCCGGCCUCGAUCUCAGCCGACCAGUGACUGAGAAAGCCGCGAAAGACAAUCUCCAGCGCCAUUUGGAGGCCGUGCUCGACCGCAUCGCCGACAAGCCGCCUCACGUCCGUCGCGCGAUCCUCGCCCGUGAGCACCAGAAGAUCAUGCGCUCGGAGACGAUCGCCGCCGCAAAGGGUACUCAGAAGAUGAGACCCACUGCGAUAAAGGCCACCGAGGAGGUCAAGCAGCUCGGCAAGAGCGAUGCCUUGGUUGCGUCGUUGGCAGACCCGGGUGCGCCAAGCGGCGGUAGGCCGGGAUGGCGAGGCCAAUUUGAGAUUGGCAGAAUGCAGGGCUGGGCAGACGACUUGGAGAAGAUGCAGAUCGACGCGUUGCGUCGCAUCCCCAAGCCGAUGCCGAAGAAGAAGGAGGAGGAGAACAAGGACGGCGACAAGUAG